AUGCUGAAAGCACAGCACCUUGCGGGGGCGAGCCUGUACACAGCUCUGACAUACUGCUGGGGUGGUCAUCAAGAACUUCAGCUGAACGCUAAUACCACAGCUGCCUUAAUGAAAGGUCUGCCCGUAUCCGGACUACCUCGGAAGUUACAAGAUGCUGUUUUAGCGACCCAAAAUCUAGGACUCAAGUUUAUCUGGAUCGACUGUCUCUGCAUCUAUCAAGACAAUCCUCAAGAUAUUGCGUUAGAGAUUGCGCAGAUGUCUAAGAUCUACAUGUAUUCAUUCAUUACCAUACCGGCUGCGAGAGCUAAGCACAGCAAUGAAGGCUUCCUUCACGAUAUCUCCGUACCCCCCAUCUCCGAGACAUCCUUCAGACUACUGUUCGCCUGCCCUGACAAAAAGCUUGGGUCGGUGAUACUUUCUAAGGGCCUCGCGAAUUCUCCUAUCGGCGAUCGAGCCUGGACACUCCAGGAGUAUAUCCUAUCUCGUCGAGUGCUUCAAUACACCAAUGCUGGCCUACACUGGACAUGUCGGGAAGCCGUGGAGUUUCGACAAGAUGAUGCAUGUCUCGCAUUGGAUUAUCUUGGGCCGUUUAAGGACUCACACCGCAUGUUCCAAGGGUUUUACGAGAGCAAUAAAGGCUGCAGAAACUGGAUGAACAUCGUCGAGGUAUACACCAAGCGGGAGCUGACGUAUGCUCUUGAUAAACUACCAGCAAUUUCGGGGGUAGCUGAGACCUGGGCACAGGCCCUCGAUGAUUCUUACCUGGCCGGGAUAUGGCUCUCGCAUCUUCCUGAAGCACUUCUAUGGACAUCAGCACAGCCGCAAAGUCAGUCGAAACAACCUGCAGAAUAUGUUGCACCUACCUGGUCGUGGGCCAGGCUGGUUGUGCAAGUCGAUUGGUUUGACAGCACACCGACGACGAUUGACCCACGAGUAGUGGGUCUGCGGUACAACCACCCCAAUAUAUCCAGAAGCUCAAUAUGGGAGAGUUUCAUCUGGGUCGUUGGUAGUUCAUGGGUGCUUACAAAAGGCGAGCCUUAUUCCAUCUAUCGAGAGAUCAUUACUAGUACAGUCCGAGAGUCUGACUAA